CGCACAGAUGCGGGUUAGCCCGGCGGGGGGAGGAGGCGGAGGAGGGAAGGGAGCUGCAUGCAUGAGACCCACAGACUCUUGCAAGCUGGAUGCCCUCUGUGGAUGAAAGAUGUAUCAUGGAAUGAACCCGAGCAAUGGAGAUGGAUUUUUAGAACAGCAGCAGCAGCAGCAGCAGCCUCAGUCCCCCCAGAGACUCUUGGCCGUGAUCCUGUGGUUUCAGCUCGCGCUGUGCUUCGGCCCUGCACAGCUCACGGGUGGAUUUGAUGACCUUCAUGUAUGUGCUGACCCUGGUGUUCCAGAGAAUGGAUUCAGGACCCCCAGCACAGGGGAUUUCUUCGAAAGCUCUGUAACACGAUUUCACUGCCAAGACGGAUUCAGGCUGAAGGGCUCUACAAAGAGAUUGUGUAUGAAACAUCUUAAUGGAACCCUAGGCUGGGUCCCAAGUGAUAGACCUAUCUGUGUGCAAGAAGAUUGCCGUAUCCCUCAAAUUGAAGAUGCUGAGAUUCAUAACAAGACAUACAGACAUGGAGAUAAGUUAAUCAUCACCUGUCAUGAAGGAUUCAAGAUUCGGUACCCUGACCUGUACAACACGGUUUCAUUAUGUCGCGAUGAUGGGUCGUGGGAUAAUCUGCCCAUCUGUCAAGGCUGCCUGAGACCUCUAGCCUCUUCCAAUGGCUACGUGAACAUCUCGGAGUUCCAGACCUCCUUCCCAGUGGGGACUGUGAUUGCCUAUCGCUGCUUCCCUGGAUUUAAACUUGAGGGGUCCGAGUAUCUUGAGUGCUUACACAACCUUAUCUGGUCAUCCAGCCCACCCCGGUGCCUUGCUCUGGAAGUCUGUCCACUACCUCCAAUGGUAAGUCACGGAGAUUUCAUCUGCCACCCGCGGCCUUGUGAGCGAUACAACCACGGAACGGUGGUGGAGUUCUACUGUGAUCCUGGAUACAGCCUCACCAGUGACUACAAGUAUAUCACCUGCCAGUAUGGAGAGUGGUUUCCUUCCUACCAAGUCUACUGCAUCAAAUCAGAGCAAACAUGGCCCAGCACCCACGAGACUCUCCUAACUACAUGGAAGAUCGUGGCAUUCACGGCCACCAGCGUGCUGCUGGUCCUCUUGCUUGUCAUCCUGGCCAGGAUGUUCCAGACUAAGUUCAAGGCCCACUUCCCCACCAGGGGCCCUCCCAGGAGUUCCAGCAGCGACCCCGACUUCGUGGUAGUGGACGGCGUGCCCGUCAUGCUCCCAUCCUAUGACGAGGCUGUGAGUGGCGGCUUGAGUGCCUUAGGCCCUGGAUACCUGACUUCCGUGGGCCAGGGCUGCCCCUUACCUGUGGACGACCAGAGCCCCCCAGCAUACCCCGGCCCUGGGGAUACGGACACAGGCCCAGGGGAGUCAGAAACCUGUGACAGCACCUCGGGCUCUUCUGAGCUGCUCCAGAGUCUAUAUUCACCUCCCAUGUGCCAAGGGGGCAGCUGCCCCAGCUCUGACAACCCUGACACAAUUGGUAACACCGCGGGGGAGGUGGCAUCCACCAGCCCAGGCAUCGACAUUGCAGAUGAGAUUCCUCUGAUGGAAGAAGAUCCCUAACCAGGUGAAAUUCCUUUGGGGCAAAGAACCUUAAAACCUUGGAGUGAGGCCACUGAAGGACAGCGCUUGAGGAGUUGGAGAAGGUUGUUUUCUAAUUUAUCUACAUGGGCACAGUGAUGCCCAUCAUACAUCGCCAGUGUAACAGUGAGUCUGACAAACUGCAGGUGCACUGCUUUUAAGUGAGACUCCAGGGUUUACCAAGACCAGUGGGGAUGAAGGGCAGAGGGGGUGCCCGGGCG